AUGGACACAAGUAUGACUCCAAUAGUUGGUCUUGAAUUUGAUGAUCUAGAAGAGGCAUGGCAAUAUUGGAUUGACUAUGGUGGAAGAAUAGGAUUCAGUGUUAGAAAGCAAAACUCUAAUAAGAGCAAGAAGGAUGAUUCUAUCAUAUAUUGCAAAUAUGUUUGUUCCAAGGAGGGAGUGAAAAAAGCAGAUAAAAGAGACUUUAAAACUAAGAAGCCUCGAAAGGAAACAAGAACAGGGUGUGAAGUGAAAAUGAUAAUUAAAAAGGUGAAUGAAAGAUUUAGAGUUAGUGAACUAUUUUUGGACCAUAAUCACCCUUUAGAGCCCCCAGAGACUAUUCAUUUAUUAGCAUCACAAAGGAGAUUACCGAAAGCACAAGGCUAUGCUUUGGAGUUUGCUGAAGAUACGGGGAUUAAGCAAAAAGCCUCUUUUAAUUUAAUGAGCAAAUAUGUAGGAGGGAGGGCUAAUUUGGGGUAUACCAAAGAGGAGGUAAAGAGUUAUCUAAGAUCAAGGAGGCAACGAGACAUGAUCUAUGGUGAAGCUGGGUUUUUACUUCGCUAUUUUCAACAACAAUUGACAGAAAAUCCUUCAUUUUUUCAUGCUUAUCAAAUGGACUCAGAAGAGCAGAUAACUAAUGUGUUUUGGGCUGAUGCACGUAUGUUGAUAGAUUAUGAUUGUUUUGGGGAUGUCAUUUCAUUUGAUACAACAUACUCUACAAAUCGUGACAACAGACCACUUGCCAUUUUCUCAGGUUUCAACCAUUACAGAGAAGUAGUGAUAUUUGGUGCUGCUUUAUUAUAUGAUGAGACUAUUGAGUCUUUUAAAUGGCUUUUUGAAACCUUUUUACAAGCACAUAAGCAAAAAAUGCCAUUUACUAUGUUUACUGACCAAGAUGCAGCAAUGGCAAGAGCCUUAGAAGAAAUAAUGCCAAAUGUAAAGCAUGGCUUAUGCACAUUCCACAUCAAUAGAAAUGGGGUGAAACAUCUUGGAAACUUAAUGAAAGAUGGCUCUCGUUUUCUGGGUGAGUUUAAUUGGUGCAUGUAUCAUUGCAAGGAAGAAACAAGGUUUGAGGAAUCUUGGAAAGAAUUAUUAUCAAAAUAUAAUGUAGAAGAAAAUCCAUGGUUGAUGUCUAUUUACAAGUUAAAAGAAAAAUGGGCAGCAUGUUACAUGAAGUACUCAAAGACUCUUGGUAUGAGAAGUACACAACUUAGUGAAAGUAUCAAUUCAUUUAUAAAAAGUUGCACUAAUCCUGAAUUGAAUAUUAGUCAAUUCUUCAAUGUCUUUGAACAAGUUGUUGUGGAUAAGCGGUAUAAUGAAUUGCAAAGUGACUUCAACUCACGCCAGAAGUUGCCAAGGUUGAUAUUGAAGAGUUCGUCUAUGCUGCAACAGCUUUCUCAAGUUUACACACCACCAAUUUUUGACUUGUUCCAGCAUGAGUAUGACUUACGUGAUGCUACGUGUAUAAAAGAGAGGAAAGAAAGAAAAAUAGCUGCAGAUGAUGAUGCUCUUGUUAUUGAUUAUGUAAUCACAAUGGUUGAUAAAAAAGGAGAGUGGAGAUUGACAUUUGAGCCAUCAAGAGAAGAUAAAGAGGCUGUCAUUACUUGUAAUUGUAAGAAGUUUGAACAAUGGGGAAUACUAUGCUGUCAUGCAUUGAGGAUAUUGUAUGACCAAGAUGUAAAGCUACUUCCAAAGCAAUAUGUGUUAAAGAGGUGGACAAAAGAAGCAAGGUGUGGUGUAGUGCAUGAUAGUAAGGGAAAGGAAAUUGAAGUUGAUCCUAAACUAGAAUGCUCGAAUCGAUAUAGGCAAUUGUGCCCCAUGCUCAUAAAAUUAGCUAGUGAUGCAUCUGAAUGUUCAGAGGCAUUCUCUAUGGUUCAUCAAGCAGUGCUAGAGCUUAGCAAGAAAGUGUCUCAACUUCUUAUUAACCACUCAUCAGAUAGUGUUAAUAAUGAAGGAGGUGUUGAUGAUGAUGUUGGUAAGAAUGAUGGUUCAGGCAUUGGAUUCAAGAAGAGAGAGCGCAAAAAGAUUAGUCCAAGUUGGGACACACAAAAUAUAUUAGAAGUGGGUAGAUCAUCAUCUUCGGUACAAUAUGGCUCCCUUGUGUCAAAUAUGCCAGUGCAAGUGCAAAAUGACCCCCCUGUGUCAAAUAUGCUGGUGCAAGUGCAAUGUGGCCCCCCUGUGUCAAAUAUGCCGGUGCAAGUGCAAUGUGGCCCCCCUGUGUCAAAUAUGCCGGUGCAAGUGCAAUGUGGCCCCCCUGUGUCAAAUAUGCCGGUGCAAGUGCAAUGUGGCCCCCCUGUGUCAAAUAUGCCGGUGCAAGUGCAAUGUGGCCCCCCUGUGUCAAAUAUGCCGGUGCAAGUGCAAUGUGGCCCCAUUGUGUCAAAUAUGCCGGUGCAAGUGCAAACUGGCCCCCUUGUGCCAAGUAUGUCGGUGCAAGUGCAAAAUGGCCCCCUCGUACCAAGUAUGCCUGUGCAAAUGCUAUAUGGUCCUCCCGUGUCAAGUAUGCUAGUGCAAGGGCAAUAUGGCCCCACCGUGUCAAGGAUGCCGGUACAAGGGCAAUAUGGCCCCACCGUGUCAAGGAUGCCGGUACAAGGGCAAUAUAGCCCCCCCGUGUUAGGUAUGCUAGUGCAAGGGCAAUAUGGUCUGCCUGUGCCAAAUACACCAAUAACAACACAACAUGAUCCACUUCAAGAUUCAUUGAACAACAAUAUGAAGUCACUUGAAGCAAUUGAAUUUAGUCAAGUAUUUGAGAAAGAUUCAAAUCUGAAUGUGAAUACAAAUCCUCAGUUGUGA